GCAGGAAAUGAUAAGUGUGUGUCUGGGUACUGGCUGUGGCAGAAGCUGCACACUUCUGCCUAGUCGGCCGUAGCUGACGCAACAGAGAAAUAUAUCUAAUUCUUGUCAUUCUCUGGCUGACCUGACACAUGACUCUGGAGUCACACAGGGGACCAACGUCCCUCCUCAAACACCACUGAGAGUUAAGAGCACUUCCAUCUGGUACCUUCACCCAAACCCUCAUCUGCUGUGCUUCAGAUUUACACUUCCUGUUACUAACCAUCAUGUCGUGGUCGGAGGGUGUGAACUCCACUCUGAACCUCGACUCCAACACCUCCUCCUCCCUGGUCUGCACCAACCUGUACGACCACCGCCCCGUCGCCCGCGUCCUCAUGUCUCUCCACUACAGCCUGGUCUUCAUGCUCGGCCUCCUAGGUAACGCCCUGGCACUGCACGUCAUCAGACCCAACCUGGCCCAGAUCAACUCUACCACACUCUACUCUGCCAACCUGGCCGCCUCCGACGUCCUCUUCACUCUGGCCCUGCCGCUGAGGAUAGCCUACUACGCCCUAGGUUUCCACUGGCCCCUGGGGGAGACCCUGUGUCGUGUCACCGCCCUUCUGUUCUACGUCAACACCUACGCAGGGGUCAAUUUCAUGACCUGCCUGGCCGUAGACCGCUUCGUAGCCGUGGUUCUCCCUCUACGUUACACCAGGCUCUGCCGGGCCCGGACCAUCCGCUACGUCUGCGUAGGGGUGUGGGUUCUAGUCCUGGUCCAGACAUUACCCCUCCUCUCCGUGACCAUGACCCGGGCCGAGCCUGACGGGACCACCACCUGCAUGGAGUACCCCAACUUUGAGAACGGGGCCGUGGAGGGACUCCCCUACGUCCUCAUUGGAGCCGUCGUCAUGGGAUACGGCGUUCCUGUUGCAACCAUCCUGUGUUGCUACUUGGUGUUGCUUUGGAAUCUGCGGUUGGUGACGAGAAGUAGGGUCGGUGGGCGAGGUCAGAGGUCAUUGAGGAGCCAGAAGGCGACGGGGGUGAUAGCAGGGGUAGUGUUGGUGUUUGUAGUGUGUUUCAGUCCCUAUCACAUCAACAUCCUGCAGUAUAUGAUCCGAAAGCUGAGAUACACACCAGACUGUACCGAGCUCCAGGCCUUUCAGAUGUCUCUACACUUCACUGUGUGUCUCAUGAACUUCAACUGCUGCCUGGACCCCUUUGUCUACUUCUUUGCCUGUAAGGGUUACAAGAGGAGGGUGAUGAAGAUGUUGAGGGUUCAGGUCAGCGCCUCUUUCUCCAGCGUGGUCCGAACCGGGGAGGACACCCCCUUCAAACGGGGGGGGACCCGGGACAGGAGGAGCAGGCUGGGUACCCACACAGCUUGUCCUGUUGCUUUAGAUGAUCUUACAAAGACCAUUCCUGGGCCAGAGACUGAGACAGGAGUCAGAGACCAAGACAGGACCCAGAGACCGAGACAGGAGUCACAUCCAACCAACUACCCCUGAGACAGGAGUCACAUCUAACCAACUACCCCUGAGACAGGAGUCAGAGACCAAGACAGGACCCAGAGACCGAGACAGGAGUCACAUCCAACCAACUACCCCUGAGACAGGAGUCACAUCCCACCAACUACCCCUGAGACAGGAGCCACAUCCAACCAACUACCCCUGAGACAGGAGCCACAUCCAACCAACUACCCCUGAGACAGGAGCCACAUCCAACCAACUACCCCUGAGACAGGAGCCACAUCCGGCUGAGUAGCCCCAGAGCCUGUCCUGGUCCUUGAGAUGACCACUACUAGGCCAUAGAGAGACAGAACCACUAGUCUAGACCACUACUAGGCCAUAGAGAGACAGAACCACUAGUCUAGACCACUACUAGGCCAUAGAGAGACAGAACCACUAGUCUAGACACACUUAUUUGUCCUGGGUUGUAUUCAUACCAAACGGAAGAACAAGGAACUGAAACAGAAAGGGACGACCUGAACUUGUCCAAUAAGAAAUGCUUGUUUUAAUUUUACUUCUUUGCUCACUCUGCUAUUUCCAAACGAAUGUGAAAAAGAUGGAAAUCAAGGUCCCAUAAACACAAGAAAACAGCAGCGCCUUUACAAGGUUCCAGAACUAAACCUUGUUUACAGAACAGGAUGCUGUAUGCAGAGAUACAAUCCUACCUCCUACCUACUUUACAAGGUUCCAGAACUAAACCUUGUUUACAGAACAGGAUGCUGUAUGCAGAGAUACAAUCCUACCUUUACUGAUUCAUCUCCAACAUUUCCGUCACAUCGAUCUUUGUACAGAUAUUUAUGCUUUUCAUAAUUAAAAAUGGUUUCACUUCCCAAUA